AUGAUUGACUGGUUAGCUAUUCUGAUUGCUUUGGUAAUAAUUACAACAUUAAUUGGUUUCUUUGGUUAUUUGGCAUGGAAAAUCAAUCAAUCGAAUUCAUUAACAAUUGAUGAUAAUAAUCAAUUUUUGGACUCAACAAAUGAUAAAAAGAAAAAAGAUAAAACAACUAUUGAAAAUUCAAAGAAAAAACGUAAAGAUCAAAAAAAAUCUAAACGUGAAAAUAAAGGUGAUGAACAACAACAAAAUAAACAUAAAGAACCAAUAGUACAAACAAGUGAAGAAACUGAUGAUGAAAGAGAUGAAAGUGAACAAGAAUUAUUAAAAGCAUCAUCACAAACUAUUGAAACAUCAUCUAAGUCUCGUAAACGUAAUAAAAAUAAAUCUGUUACACCUACACCAUCAGUUCCACCAACAACAACUCCUGUUGAAACUAAGGUUAAAGAUGACAAAAAUCCAAGUACAACUCGAGCACAACCAGUAACACAUCCAAAAUCGAAUGCUAAAGAUGAAGUUGAAACAACUAAACAACAAUCGAAUGUUCAAGUUAAACCAUUAGAACCAACAAAAAAACAAAUACUUCCUGUUUCUUCACAAGCAAUAACAAAAAAACCAACACAACCAAUUGAAAAACAACCACCAGAACAACCAUUUACAGUUGUUGGGGAACCAACAAAAAAACAAAUACUUCCUGUUUCUUCACAAGCAAUAACAAAAAAACCAACACAACCAAUUGAAAAACAACCACCAGAACAACCAUUUACAGUUGUUGGUGGUAAUCGACAUAAAACAGGAACACCACCAUUACAACAACAACAAAAUAAAUUACAAGUCAACCCUGUAUCAUCGACUGCUUCUCCUGUACAACCAUCUACUUCAGUUUCAGUUCAACGUGAUCAAUUAGCUCAACGUCAACAACUUCCUCAAAAAGAAAUAUCAACUCAAUUAAAUGGUCUUCCUACAAAUGUAAUACCUUUAAAACAACAACAACAACAACAACAAAUACCAACAAAAAUUGCUGAUCUCAUUAAGAUUCUACCAUCAUCUCAAGUUGUUGUUACUGAAUUAAUGUCUGCACUUGAUGCAUUUCCUUUGUCAACUGAUGAAUUAGAUAUUAUUAUGCAUAGGAUUGCAAAUAAACAAUCUGUACUUAGACAAGAUUGGAAUAAAUUACAACAUGGUCAAAAAGUUGAUCCUCAAGCACAUAUUGGUCAAGUUCUAGAUGAAUCAGCUAAAGCUUAUGAAGAUGAAAUGAAAAAUAGUGCUAUGAAACGUCUAAAAGAAUUAACUGAUGAACUUAAUGCUGAAAAACUUCGUAAUAAUGUUUUAUUAAAAGAAAAAACUGAUAAAGAACGAGAAAUUCAAAUAGUUCAUGCUCGAUUAGAUUCUGUUCAACAUAAACAUGAACCAAUAAAUGCACAUCCUCAACAACAUCAACAAAUUCAAAAACUUGAAUUACAAUUACAACGAGUAACAGAAGAAAAUAUUCGUUUAAAUCAUCAAUUAACACAAUUACAACAGCAACAACUUGCAACAUCGAAUACAAUUCUUACUGGAGAUUCAUCUAACUUAAGAAUACAAGUAUUAACUGAUCAAAUGAAAAUAUUAUCAGUUGAUAAUGCACAUUUAGAAAAAAAAGCUAAAAGCAACGAGUUAUUAGCUAAAGAAGCACAAAAAGAAAAAGAAGAUUUAAUUCGUUAUAAUGAACAAUUAACUCAAUCACUUCAAAAUGCUGAAAAAGAAUUAAAACGUAUCGAAGAAAAACAUCAUAAAAAAUUUAAUGAAACUCAAACAUCACGUAUAAAUGAAAUUAACGAAUGUAAACAUCGAAUUGAACAGCUUGAACGAGAUAAUGAACAAUUACGACGUGAAGAAAUUGUUCAUGUUGAACCAACAACAGUAACAGAUAUUCAAACUAUAACAAUAAACAAUGAAGAACGUGAACAAUUAGAAAAAGAAAUUCAACAAUUAAAACAAACUUUAGAUUUAAAUCAAGAAAAAGAACGAGAAUAUAAUGAUUUAAAACAAAAAUUAACUGAGGAAAUUGAAGAAUAUAAAAAGAAAGUCGAUGAUUUACAAACUCAACAUCAAUUUCAAGAGAAUGAAUUACAACAAGAUAUUGAACAACUUAAACAAAAUAAAAAUCAUGAACAACAACAAAUUGUUGAAUCCCUUAAUAAUGAACUUGCCGGUAAAAAUACUGAAAUGAGUACGUUACGAGCUGAACUCGAUGCUAGAAAUACUGAAAUGAGUGCUUUACGAACUGAACUUGAUCAAGUCAAAUUAACAGUUUCACAAUUAGAAGAACGUCUUCGUCAAGAAGGUGAAAAACAACGACAAAUUUUAACUGAUCUUCUACCAUCAGAUAUUCGAAAUCAAUUACCUCAUGACAAUCAAAAAAUUUUACAACAAGAAUCUGCAGCACUUAAACUUGAAAAUGAUCAACUUCGUAAAAAUAUGAAUGAUAUUGAAAGUCAAUUAAGAGAAAUUGAAAAAACUGUGCAACAUAAAGAAGAAACAUUACUUACUGAAUUAAAAAGUAAAGAUGCUACACUUGAAAGUAUUCGUAAUGAGAAUGAACAAUUGAAUGAUGAGCUUCAACGUCUUCGGAAUGAAAUUGAACGUUUACAAUCAGUAUAUGAUACAACAGUCAAUGAAGUUUCUGCGUUAAAACUUCAACUUGAUGAUCGAUUUUUGGUUACUGCUAACACUCCACCAGUUGAUGUGGAUCAAUCAUUUGAACUUGUUAAACAUCCAUCACCAUCAUUAUCUGCAUUGGUAAUUGAUGUUCGUGCUAAACAAUUAAAUGAAUUAAUUCGAUCAGGCAAAGAAGCACUUGAACAUCAAGAUUCACUAACUCAACAACUUGAUAAACAUUUGAAUGAUCUACAUCUUAGUGGAACCGGAGAGGUACGCUCCGAAUAUCCAUUAAAAGAAAUAUUUUUUGUCUAA